AUGUCACAAUUACUGAAAGAGCCUAUCAAGCUUGCCAUUGUGCAGCUUGCCGUUGGAAAGGACAAAUCCUACAAUCUAUCACACGCCCGGUCCAAAGUUCUUGAAGCCUCACAGGCAGGCGCCAACCUUAUUGUCCUCCCAGAAUGCUUCAAUUCGCCAUAUGGCUGUCAAUAUUUUCCCGAAUAUGCUGAGACUCUCCUUCCAUCACCACCCUCCAAGGAGAAAGCACCCUCAUAUCAUGCCCUUUCAUCUAUGGCCAAAGAAGCAGACGCAUACCUUGUCGGCGGCAGUAUACCUGAGUACUCCCCUGAUACUAAGAAACACUACAAUACUUCAUUGACCUUUGACCGCUCGGGCAAAUUGCUUGGUACACACCGUAAAAUUCAUUUGUUCGACAUCGAUUUCCCGGGAAAAUUCAGGUUCCAGGAAUCGGAGGUGCUUUCAGCGGGAAACAAGAUUACGAUUAUAGAUCUCCCAGACUACGGCAAGAUUGGAGUGGCUAUCUGCUAUGAUAUUCGCUUCCCGGAAUUGGCGAUUAUCUCAGCGCGCAAAGGAGCAUUUGCCUUGAUUGCCCCGGGCGCAUUCAACCUAACGACUGGGCCGUUGCAUUGGGAGUUGCAGGCUCGGGCGAGGGCCGUCGAUAAUCAAAUCUACGUGGUGAUGUGCAGUCCAGCGAGAGAUAUGGAGGCUACCUAUCAUGCUUGGGGACAUAGUAUGCUAGUGGACCCUUUUGCGCAAGUGAUGUGCGAAGCGCGUGAAACAGAAGAGAUCCUGUACGGCGAUUUAACUGCAGAGAAGAUCAGCGAGACCCGAAAGAGUAUCCCGAUGUACGAGCAGAGACGAUUUGAUGUCUAUCCAGAUAUCAGUGCUGGUGAUGUUGCUUUCGAGGUGGUCAGUGGUGGUAAGGUAGGCAAGGAACCUGCGGCAAAACGGGCUUCCUAG